AUGUUCGUUCUAAUUUCAUAUGUGUAUCUCUCGUGGAACGGUUACCACGAGGAGGAGAUGUGCGAGCUGUUUUACCGCGGCUCGGCGCGUUGCUCAAAUUUCCUUACUCUGUCUGGUGUUAUAUCACAUUUUACCGGUUCGCUCUUGCAUCUGUUCGUUUUCGUCGGCUCGUGCGCUCUCGUUUACAUCAUAUGGAGGAUCAUGCAGAUGAGUUCCCGGCAUGGUGCAUACAAUGUCAAUCCGAAGAGUAUUGCAGCCGUCAAGCUGGAAAAGCAAACUGAAGUCAGCUUUCUCUUUCGUUUAUAA